AAACAAAAACAAAAACAAAAUCAAAAUUCUCUCUCUCUAGAUUCCCGAACUUUUGAAGAAGAAGACGAGUAAAAUGGCGAGCUCUGUGUCCUGCAGGCCGUCGAUUGUGGCCAGACCGAUUCCAAACGACGGUUUUCUAUCGUCAUCGGAAGCUCUAAAUCGUGCCGGGGCUGUUGUACCUUACGGUACAAGCACGAGGGCCCUCCGAAGGGUUUGCGGCGUGCGAGCUUCAGCUGUGGAUUCGUACGAAGGUUCAUCUAAUUUCGCUAAUCGCAUGGAAAAAGCAUGGUUAAUCUCUAAGGUGACAGGAGUACUAAUCCAAUUAGAGCAACCAAGGCCUAUUGCUUGUUCUUCUUGCAACUCAAAUGGUCAUAUCGAAUGCAAAUGGUGUGCCGGAACAGGCUUCUUUAUUCUCGGCGAUAACAUGCUCUGCCAGGUCUCUUCGAAAAGUACAAGUUGUGUUAUUUGUACCGGUAAGGUGAGUAAAAUCUUCACGGAGCCUGUUGGUGAUUCUUGCUAUCGUCUUCAAUUUCCGAUCUGCAUUUGCAUUUUCUGCUAUAAAUAGUGUAUAACAAAAACCCGGCUAUCUCGUGUUUCUCCAGGGAUCAAUGCGAUGUUCCGACUGUAAAGGAACAGGCUUUCGUGCCAAGUGGUUAGGACAGCCUCCUGUUUCCAAGUAGCAGCUUUGCUUGAAAGAGAUCCCUGCUCUUGGAAAGCUUCAACCGUCAAAGCCGCUAUACAAAUUGUAGUAACAUCUUAUUCAUGUUGUAACAAUUCUUCUUCAUUCAAGUUAUGCAAGUUACAUAUUCUUUUAAA